GAACGCAAAGGACAUAUUAUACCCCGUGCCUAACCCCUCCCUUCCUACCUAUAUAAGCUGGUAACUUUGGCGCAAAACCGGCAUGCCACCAUUUACGCGACGCUGGUUCAGCUCUCGCUUUACCAGCAAGGCAUCUCCUUUCCCACGAGCCUUCACUGCUACCAACUUCAGAAUGGCCUCAUCUACUGCGGCUGCUCUCUACGCUCUGACUCUGUCCGCCUCUCCCGCUUCUUCUGCUCCUGAUGAUGCCAGUGCAAAAGCGCACCAUGUUAAAAAUGGCUUUGACAAUCCAUGGAACUCGUUCACUUCACCUUUCGACAAGCAAACACAGAUUUUGUGGCGCAUGUUGAGUGGAAAGGCCAAUCGCCCUGAUACGACUCCUCCAACCGUCCCGGUACAUAAGCCAGUGUUUUUGCCUAGUCGUGAAACACCUACUCUGCGAGCAACUUGGUUAGGACACGCUUGUUAUUAUGUCGAGUUCCCGAGUGGGCUCCGGGUCCUAUUUGAUCCGGUUUUUGAGGAUCGAUGCUCCCCAUUCUCUUGGCUAGGACCAAAGCGUUAUACCGAGCCGCCUUGUCAGAUCAUGGAUAUUCCCACUAUUGAUGCCGUUGUGAUCUCUCAUAACCAUUACGAUCAUUUGUCCCUUCCAACUGUACGAGAAAUCCAUAAGCGACACCCGAACUGCCAUUUCUUUGUUCCUCUGGGUAACAAAGAAUGGUUUGACAAAACCGGCAUACCGAAUGCAACAGAACUCGACUGGUGGGAUGAACGCGAUAUACUGCUUUCUCCAACAAAGUCUGCCACUCAGGUAGACCCAGCUGAUGGAAAUACUGACUCAAAGCUGGCGGACAUCACCGCUCGAAUUGGCUGCUUGCCUUGCCAGCAUUUCAGUGCCCGAACACCGUUUGACCGAUGCAAAACACUCUGGGCCUCGUGCGCUCCAUUCAGCGAUACGGGGUAUCGAUCGGUGCCGACACUUCCAGAUCAUGUUGACGACCACAGUCCUGAACAUAAUUAUCCCUCGUGCCCUGCUUUCAAGCAAGUAGGUGAGUAUCGGGGACCGUUCGAUCUAGGGCUGAUCCCCAUCGGCGCGUAUCAGCCGCGAUGGUUCAUGAGCCCCAUGCAUGCAGACCCGCACGAUGCUGUUGAGAUCUUCCGGGAUACCCAAUGCAAGAGGGCUCUUGGUAUGCACUGGGGGACUUGGGUGCUAACAGAAGAGGAUGUCCUCGAGCCUCCGCGGAAGCUCAAAGAGGCACUGAAGAAACACGAAUACCCCGAGACUGGAGUCUUUGAUAUUUGCGAUAUUGGAGAAAGUCGAGAGUUUUGA